UUACCAAUACCAGGGUGGUUGGUGUUUAGGUAAAGAACAUGAACAAUUAUCGAAUACUAAACUCCUAUCCCCAACAUAAAGCGCAAUUAUCGUCUAAAUAUGUUGGGCUAGAUGAUAGCAACCCGUUGCUGGCUCCACUUGCCUCGGCUCUAUCUCCGAAUCGAUUUGGUGCUCCGUGCUGUCCAUCCAGCUCUGCCAGUCCUGUCGCGUUAAUUGGACGACACCGCCACCGACACCUAUUACCCUAGCGCGUCAACCCUGUUAGGUAUCACUAAUUGCCUGUCUCUGGCUCAACUCUUUCCUUUUUUUUUUCUUCCCAUCACAAAUACCACGAUAUGCACAAUAAUCCCAAAUAGACCUGUUCUUUUUUUUUUUAAUCCUAAUCGUACUUAGACACAUUUCUUCUUUAUUUUAUAGUGAUGGUCGUGAAAAUCUCUCCUGUCCCGGGGUUUACGCCAAUAUCCGACCGGAUCUUCAUCCGCAACGAAGAUUCCGAUUCGUCCGAGACCCCUGAAAAGCCAGCCAUUGAGCAACCCACCACCAUCAUCGUCUUCGGCUGGGGCGACGGCACCCCUAAGAACGUCGCUAAAUAUGCAGAUGGUUAUCACAAGCUAUUUCCCAAGGCUCGGAUUCUGAUGGUGAUCUCGUCGACAUGGGAAGCCAUAUAUCAGUCUCUCGAGCAGCGCAUAGGGGCCAUGCUACCACUCGUCGACGCUGUAUUCCCAACGUCGGAAGAUCUCUCGGAGAAGAGGAUUAUCCUGCACGCGAUGUCAAACACGGGAGGCAUAUACGCAGCAGCGGCACUGCACGCCUUCCAGCACCGGCACGGGGAAGACAAGGCGCUCCCGCACCACCUAUGCGUAUCGGACUCUACGCCGGGCAGCAUUGUCUUCGCUUCUGAGGUAGGGCGCUGGUCUAGGGCAGUAGCACUCGGAACAGCUAAAUGGUUUCCGUGGCCGUUCAUAGUGACGCAGAAGAUAUGGUGGGCGGUCUUGUAUGCGGUUCACCUGCUGGAGAGGGCCAUCGGGAGGGAGGCUUCCGGAGUCGCUAGUUGCAGGGCUUUCUUGGAGCACGGGACGGCGACGCCUAGGGCUCCUAGGCUAUACAUGUAUUCCAAGACGGACGACCUCAUCUGGUGGGAGGAUGUCGAGGCGCAGGCGGCGGUGGCAAAGAGCAAAGGCUACACCACUAUCAUGGAGAUGUUCGAUAACUCUCCGCAUGUUGGUCAUAUGAGGAUGCAUCCUGAUCAGUACUGGGGCGCGAUAGAGAAUAAUUGGAGGGCAUCUGUGGCGUUAGAGGGAAAUUCGAGGACGUAAAGUAGCAUUUUAGCAGUGGCCUGUAUUAUCGUGUCCUGGAAUCACCUUAAACACUUAUAAUGAGAAUUCAAAGACUUCAAUACCUAUGCUUAUGAUUUCUAAUA